AUGGAAGCUGCUUUUGGACAGUUGCUGUUCACUUUCUCGGUGAACCUUUACAAGCAGCUUCUCAGCGCGGACAGUGCGGCCAACGCCAGCAACCUGCUGUGUUCGCCGCUCACCAUCGCGGCUGCACUGGGAAUGACGCUUGCCGGCGCCCGCAACAACACCGCCAGGCAGAUCCGAGCUCUGUUCGUCGAAGGCAUAUCAUCCCGAAGCGUCUCGAGCGGACAUCCCCGUGCCUUGGAUGACGAUGACGUCAUCCACGACGCGUUCAGUUCUAUUAUUGGGAGUCUCAACUACGACAGCGAUGGAAUGGAGACAGUGAGUCUUCGUUUUGCCAACCGGCUGUACGCGAGCCUCGACGUACGGCUGGCCCCGGAGUACGCGGCGCUUGUCAGCUCGUCGUACAGGGCCUCGGUGGCCAACGUCGACUUCGACAACGACACAGAAGCCACGAGGCGUGCCAUCAACGGCUGGGUGUUCCAGGAGACGGCGUCCAAGAUUGCGGAGCUGCUGCCGCCAGGUUCGGUGGACUCGGGUACAUGCGUGGCGCUUGUGAAUGCCGUCUACUUCAGAGGCAGCUGGGCGGAGUUGUUCGAUCCCGAGCUCACCGCGGAGGAGCCCUUUUAUGAGACGCCCACGCGCAGCCGCAAGGUGAAGAUGAUGUACAGGACGGGACGCUUCGCCGUCGGGCGCCACGAAGGCCUUGGAGUUAGCCUGGUCUCGAUUCCGUACAGAAACCAGAACGUUUCAAUGGUUGUGCUACUGCCUCACAAGCUAGACGGUCUGGAUGACCUCGAGCAGCUCAUGACGCCCUCUCAGCUGUCCACCAUGAUCAACAAUAUGAGCAGCAUCACCAAGGUCCGUCUAAAGCUGCCCCGCUUCAAGUUGUCUACGACCUCUGACCUGCGUCGUCCCCUGUCAGCGAUGGGUGUCACCGAUCUGUUCACUUCGCGCGCCGACCUCUCGGGCGUCACGGUGAACCGCGGCAAACCGGGCUGCGGUGGCUCCCCACGUGGUGCUGGCGUGUCCGGUGGCCCUGCACCGAGCCGCUCUCGAGGUGACCGAGGAAGGCACCGAGGCAGCGGCAGGAUCGGCUUCGGUCGUCACCCGCCGUGA